CAUCGUUUAGAGCUUAAAGCGCUGAUAAAGAAAAUGUAUAAUGAUCAUGCUUUUGAUGAAUGUUUAAUAAGAUAAAACAUAUUGGGUCGUGUACUUUUUACAAACGAUUACAGAAAUAUUGUGGUUUAAAUGUAUUUUGAUGAUGUCAUCAACCUGUUUAUUCCGAAACUAAUUCGGGGACCCAGGUUUGGGAAACUUACCCAAAUUUGUCCCAGGUCCCUAGGGUUCCCUAGUUGUCCCUAGUUACCCAUGUCGUGAAAAAUGACUGACGUCACUUGUUUCCAAGUUAUUUGACCUCAAAGAUUUGAGUGCAUUGAUCCUAUUAAAUGCGUUGAUGUCAGACUAAAUGCAUUGGCGUCACACCAUAACAUCAGAAGGAUUAACAAAUUAGACAUGACGUUUUCAGCGACAUAAAAAAGUGAAGAUAUCCACUUUGGCGGUCACAGAUGGACACAACUUCCUUAUUGUUAUAUAAAUGUCUUAUAUAUGAUUAGGGCUUAAGUGAUGAGUCAGUUCUGUAAUAUUGUACUAGAGAAGUCUCUAAAAUGACUAAUAAAUUAUUUUUAUGAACCAGUAUUGUCAAAUUAACAUCACAUAAAAAGAAAAGAAAUUUUGUUUGUCCAGCAACAAAGUGCUAUUAACAAUUAAUUCUGGUUUAUCAUUGACUUUUUUUAAUGUAAAUAAUGCCAAGCAGUGAUGACGAUGAAGACUACAUGUCUGAUAAAUUUCUUCAGUCAGACCAUAAACCUGGUCUUAUGCCAGACAUGUUCAAAAAUAAGCAUAACCGUGUCGAAUCAGCCAGAGUAAAAAACCAACCAAAAACAAAACCUGUCAAACAGUAUGAAGCAGAAAAAAGGGAGGAAAAAUUAAAUACGGCUUUAGAUGAGUCAAACAAAGGAUUUGCAAUGUUGGCGAAAAUGGGCUUUAAAAAAGGCAUGGGCCUAGGAAAAAAAGAGCAGGGCAUAUCAAAUCCAAUUCCACUGGACAUUAAAGAGGGUCGUAAAGGACUGGGGAAGGAAUCGGAAGAAGCAAGGAGGAAGAAACAGAGAAUUGAGGCCCACUUAAUCAUGGCAAAAAGAAGGAAAUUAAUGGAAGAAAAUCUCAAAGGCGAUUUCAAGAGUAGAGUUAGGGAUAGAAUUAAUGAACGACAGAUUUCCACAGAUUUGUAUAAAAGUCAGAAGGCCUGUCAACAUUUGGAUAAUCUUAAAGGAUUGGAACCUAUUCACACGUGGUCAUGGCCAAAAUACAAAACAAAUACUGAAGAAGAAGAGGAGGAAGAAGUAAACGACGAAAUUGAGGAUGAUGAACCGGAGGAUGGUAUCAAACUGAACUCUUUGACUGCUUAUUUGCGUGAAACACAUUUUUACUGCAUAUGGUGUGGCACUGCAUACAAUGAUUCGAAAGAUUUGAACGACAACUGUCCGGGUGCUACCUUUGAAGCUCAUGAGGAGUAAAAUUAAAAUAAUUUGGUGUAUGCACACCAUACCGGCGUAAGAAGUACACAUCAUAUCGGUGUAAGAAAUACACACCAUACUGGUGUAAGAAGGAGUGUUUUAUUGCUUUUUUGCUGCACGUGGUUAGUGACUACCUUCAACUGAAGGAGGAACAGAUUCACAUUGGGAAGAAGUUUAAAAGA